GCCAGCUGGUGCUAUUGUAUUGUGUUGACAGUUUGCGUUGCGCUGCGUUUAUUAUUGUUUGUUUUCUUCAUUUCUGCAUUGUGUACAGCAUAUUUGCGUAUGUGCGUACACAUUUUCCUUCCGCACGCCAGCGGAUCGAACGAGUAUUGUUCAACUAUUUUUGGGGCGGUUUCCUCUCCUGCAUUCCUGCACCAGCACGUCCAUACUGCUGUGAUAUCUCUCCGCACGCUUGCCAUACGGAUGCCAAGGUGGAACAGCUGGUGCCUGUUUUGCAGCGUUUGGAUCUGUUCAUGAGAGUCUGGUCUGCCGGUAUGGCAAACGAGAUGACGACGGAACAGCAUCCGGCGGUUGGUGGUGAUGCGGGCGGCGCUGCCUACCUAUCGCCGCUCGUAUCGGUUGGUGCCUGUUUUGUGAUAUCCAUAAUUUAUGUCGCCAGCCUGUACGUGUGGAACUCGAAGCACGAUCGUGACCAUCCUUCAACCAUAAAGCGGCGAUUUUUCAGCGUAUUUGUGGUAAUGCUCGUAGCCCCAUUUUUCGUGCUAACCCUUACCAGUAAGGACGUGUUCCAGCGCUACACCGUGUGGCAGAUCAUGGGGUUCCGGCAGGAAGGAUUGUUUACCGCCACGUUCGUACCGCUGCUGCUCACGAUGGUUCUGUUUCUUGGUCCGCUAAGCGUGCAGCUAUCAAACGGCAUUUGGCGCAUCUACUCCGAACCGAUGUACUGGAUGAAUGCUGUGCGCAAUUUGGUCUGGUUACGGAAUCAUCUAGUUGCGCCCCUUUCGGAAGAGUUCACCUUUCGUGCCUGCAUGCUGCCCUUGCUGCUGCAAACGUUUCGACCAUCGAUCGCGAUGCUGAUAACGCCGCUACUGUUCGGGCUGGCCCACCUGCACCACAUCAAGGAGCGGCUGCAGAAUGGGCGUCCGCUGCGGGAAGUGCUGAUAGUGUCGUUCUUUCAAUUUUUCUACACCACCAUCUUUGGCAUCUACUCGGCCCAUCUGUUUGUGCGGUCGGGGCACUUUGUCGCACCGUUUGUGGUGCAUGCGUUCUGCAACCAUAUGGGCUUUCCCGACGUGCAGGAGGUCCAAUCGCAACCGCACCGGAAAAAGUAUCUUUUCGUCGGCUUUUACGUGCUGGGGUUGGUUGGGUGGAUUGCGCUUUUGCCCACGCUAACCACACCAAGCUGGUACGCUAAUAAUCUGUUUUGGGCUGCUGAACUGUAACUGUGUAGGAAGGACGAGAGAGGAUCCCUGGUGCCAUUACACUAGUACUACCUAGCUGCCUGUUUGUUCCAUGCUAUGUGUUCCAUGUCUUGCUGUAGAAUAAGUCGGUUAGCAGACCGGUGUAACUAACAGUUUUCCUUUGUGUGUGUGUGUAUGUGUGUGUGAAUGUUUUCUGUUUGUUUUCCGUCGAAUGUAAAUGUGUGUUAUAGCUUUUGUUUUAGAAAAUUGGUAUGGAAAGUGACAGUGUAUAGAACGCGUACGGUUAAAGUGAUCCUUACAGAAAUAUCUAAAAUAGUGAAAAAUAUACAUCAACAGCAGUGAAACGUGAAAGAAUGCAUUUUUAAAAUUGUAGGUUUAUUAUUCAAUACCGCAUUACGGCAACGGUAAUUGCUGCAUGUUGUAAGGAUGUAAGCUGUUAGGAGCAUAUUCACAAACGGUCACUCUAGUGCACUUCAAAGUUUAAAGAGAAAACAAUAAACACGCUGACCGUAGUCGAAUGCCAAGAUGGUCUUAAAUAUGUUUCGUUUCCUCAAAUCAAGUAUGAAUUGUAUUAUGUUUGAUUGAAACCCAAUAAAAAAUGUAGUGAAACUUCAACAA